GAUUUCCUAUAACAUGCUCCCAUAUUUCUGUCUGUUGUCUGUUUCAGUGUGACUAGAAGAUGGUUUAUUUCAAAAGAAACUGGAAUAACAACUGACGUAGAAAUUUACUCUCUUCUUUCCCUAUAGAUCCCAGGGUCACUAAUGCAAUGACUGGGGGAAGAAAUAGUACAACAAUUACCAGGUUCAUCCUCUUGGGAUUCUCUGAAUUUCCAAAGUUCACCAUUGUGCUCUUUUCUGUAUUCCUAUGGAUCUACCUCCUGACAGUGUCUUGGAACAUGGGCCUCAUCACCUUCAUCAGAAUGGAUUCCCAUCUGCACACACCCAUGUACUUUUUUCUCAGUAACCUGUCCUUUUUAGACAUCUGCUAUGUUUCCACUAUAGCCCCCAGGAUGCUCUCAGACUUCUUCAAGAAGCAUAAAUUCAUCUCCUUUAUGGGGUUCACCAUACAGUACUUCUUCUUGUCUAUCCUGGGUCUGACUGAGUGCUGUCUUCUGGCAGUCAUGGCUUAUGAUCGAUAUGCUGCCAUUUGUAACCUUCUGCUCUACACAGCCGUAGUGUCCCCAACCCUCUGUCUACAGAUGCUGGCAGGAUCUUGGAUAAGUGGAUUCUUUGGCUCAUUUACCCAACUGUGUGCCUUACUUCAGCUCCAUUUCUGUGGACUGAAUAUCAUCAACCAUUUCUUCUGUGACCUGCCACAACUAAUGACCCUUUCUUGCUCUGAUACCUAUUUCUUACAAAUUAUCCUCUCUGUGCUCGUAUCGUUCUUUGGACUGACUUCUGUGCUGGUUAUCAUGAUAUCCUAUGGUUAUAUUGUUGCCACCAUUAUGAAGAUCACUUCAGCUGAAGGCAGGUCUAAGUCUUUCAACACCUGUGCUUCUCAUCUGACAGCACUGACCCUUUUCUUUGGCUCAGGUGUCUUUGUUUACAUGUAUCCUAUCUCAGGUGAUUCCUUGAACCAAAACGAGUUGUUAUCAGUCUUAUAUACAGUUAUAAUCCCCAUGUUAAAUCCACUAAUCUACAGCCUGAGGAAUAAGAAAAUCAAAGAUGCCUUAAACAGAUGGAAAAAGAGAAUGUUCUCCUGGAAUUGCUGAUUAUAGAAUUUAUUUCAAAUGUACAGAGUGUAGGAGGAAUGGCAAUUAAAACAUUGAUCCCCAACUUUCCUAAUUAUGGGCAAAGUUACAGUUACUCCUCUCUUCUAGUGGAAACUUAGGACUGCCCUAUGGCCACCAAAUGCAUGGGAGAUAUCUGGAGGUUCAGUAACUCCACCCUGUAUCACUUGUCAACUACUAAUUUUGAGGCCAAGAAAUCCACAGGUAUUUUAUUAGCUAGUUGUGAUGAUGUGACACUUUGCCACCAAUAUCCUAUGCGUAUGAAUAAGGAAGACCAAAGGAGAAUUGAUGCCUUUGAAUUAUGGUGUUGGUGAAGAAUAUUGAAUAUACCAUGAACUACCAAAAGAACAAAUCUGUCUUGGAAAUAAUACAGCCAGAACGCUCCUUAGAAGCAAGCAAAGAUGGUGAGACUGUGUUUCACAUGCUUUGGGCAUGUCAUCAGGAGGGAUCAUUCCCUGGAUAAGCACAUCAUGCUUCCCAAAGUAGAAGGGCAGCAAAAAAGAGGAAGACCCUUAAUGAGAUGGACUGACACAGUGGCUGCAACUAUGGGCUCAAGCAUAACAGCGAUUGUGAGGAUGGAGCAGGACUAUGCAGUGCUUCUGUUUGUUGUACAUAAGGUCGCUAUGAAUCAAUGCACCUAACAAUGAACACCAACAACAUGUAGUAAGUUACUAGCUUAAGGAUCAUAAAUGU